UAUAGAGUGUCUGUCAUAUAUAUAUAUAUAUAUUAGGGUUUCGGAAAACUCUCGUCUCUGUAGUGAGAACGAUCCGACCUUCUAUUGCUAUUCUUUCGUAGCUCUGAAGAAUCUCAACUCAUCAAUCUGUAGUUUUCUCAUAUCUGCCUGGUUAGGGCUGAAUUAGGAAGAAAAGUUUGUGGAAGAGGAAGAUGAUGUGUGUUUUGAGGGGGAAAAUUUGCUGAGAGUUUGAUCUAUCUUGCUUGGGUUUGGGAGAGAGAUGGAAGUGGGGAGGAGGAUAUCGGCCAGCCCACGCGGUGGGUUGAGGAGGCGAGUCUUGGCGAAUAAGCGGCCUCGAGGAACUGAUGGAUUGAUGAACAGCGUGAAGAAGCUUCAGAGGAGAGAGAUUUCUUCUAAGCGUCACCGUUGCUUUUCCAUGACCAAUGGUCAGGAGAGGUUUCGCAACAUGCAUUUGACGGUGGAAUAUGAUACUCAUGAUCCGAAGGGCCAUUGUUCACUAGUUCUGCCUUUCUUGAUGAAGAGGACAAAAGUUAUUGAGAUAGUUGCAGCACAUGAUAUUGUCUUUGCUCUUGCGCAUUCUGGUGUUUGUGCAGCCUUUAGUAGAGUGACAAGCCGGAGGAUAUGUUUCUUGAAUGUUAGUCCUGAUGAAGUCAUUCGAAGCUUGUUUUACAACAAGAAUAACGACUCACUCAUAACAGUUUCAGUUUAUGCGUCAGAUAAUUUUAGCUCAUUGAAAUGCAGAUCCACGAGGAUUGAAUAUAUACAGAGGGGUAAACCAGAUUCAGGGUUCCCUCUCUUUGAAUCUGAGUCUUUGAAGUGGCCUGGUUUUGUGGAAUUUGAUGAUGUUAACGGAAAGGUGCUUACAUAUUCUGCACAGGAUAGUAUAUACAAGGUGUUUGACCUAAAAAACUAUACAAUGUUGUACUCUAUAUCAGACAAACAUAUACAAGAAAUCAAGAUCAGCCCAGGUAUCAUGCUACUGAUUUUCAAUAGAGCUCAAAGCCAUGUUCCUUUGAAGAUACUAUCAAUAGAAGAUGGCACAGUCCUAAAAGAGUUCAAUCAUUUACUUCAUCGCAACAAGAAGGUUGACUUCAUAGAACAAUUCAAUGAAAAGCUUCUCAUCAAGCAAGAGAAUGAGAAUCUCCAGAUUCUAGAUGUUCGCAAUGCUGAACUUAAAGAAGUUAGCAGGACUGAGUUCAUGACUCCAUCUGCAUUUAUCUUUCUCUAUGAGAACCAACUGUUCCUGACAUUUAGAAACCGAACUGUUGCUGUUUGGAACUUCUGUGGGGAGCUUGUCACUUCAUUUGAAGAUCACCUGUUGUGGAAUCCGGACUGCAAUACCAAUAACAUCUAUAUUACAAGUGAUCAGGAUCUUAUUAUUUCUUACUGCAAGGCUGAUUCUGAUGAUCAUUGGAGUAAAGGAAAUGCUGGCUCCAUCAAUAUCAGCAAUAUCAUGACAGGGAAAUGUCUGGCUAAAAUUAAUGCUGCAAAUAGCAGUCUGCAACUCGACGAGGGCAACAGUAGUAGUAGCAGCAGCAGGUCAAAGAAGCCCCAUCGCCCUUAUGAUCAGAUGAGAAACACAGUUGCAGAGGCACUGGAAGAUAUUACCGCACUUUUCUAUGACGAAGAACGAAAUGAGAUCUAUACCGGCAACCGGCAUGGCUUGGUUCAUGUGUGGUCUAACUGAAUGUCCGUCCUGCAGCAUCUGUUACAUACAUUGGUGAGAAGAAUCAUUUCAUCAUGCCAGGCUGCUCUGCUCUGCCCCUACCUCUACCUCUACCUCUACCUCUACCUCAGAUGAUAAGUUUUUUGCAUGUAACACUCUUUUAAUAGAAGUGCUUUGAUUUGUUUUUGUCUCGUCUUUGGGCUUUCCAUUUUCCUUGUGUAGAUUGCAUAUUUGGGAUAUUCAGGCGGUAUGGCUGAGAGAAUCAAAGCUUUUUGGGCAUCAUCUUCCAUGACCCAAAACUUCUAUGUAUAUACAUUAUUUUGAUACAUACAGAAAUGCACUUAUUUUGUUCUAUUGAUCCUAAAA